CUCAUAUAUGCAUGAUUUAAAGCUGGCUGUGAAGCCUAACAGAGCCUGUGUGAGAUUGAAGAGCACACAUAAAGUGUAUUAUACACUAGAGUUAAAGCUGCACAGGUCUACAUAGUGUUUUCUUGUGGUAGGAUCAUAUUCCCCAGGCUUUUAUAUCACUAUCUAUGCUCUUGGCCUAUUUUUGGUGCAACAUUGAUUCUUGUAAUGUAACUCCCACAAUAUAGUGCUGGAUUGCAAUACAAAUAAGGUUAUCUAACUGUUAAAUACUUUUGAAAUUAACAAAUGAAUCAUCACCCUCUGUUUGCUCUUGAAGACAGUCAGUGGUGUGCUGGGUGAGUAAUGUGAGCUGUGUUCAGUGUUUUUAUACCAGAAGGGGGUUUGACUCAGGUAUUUUAAAAAUAACCUUGUGUCAGUUCUUAAAAAUCUGUUGCCCAAAGCUAAACUUGACCGUGAAAAAAAUGUUCCAGUGGUCAGCAGGAGGAUAUUUCUUUACUCACAUAACUUCAGUCCAAAUCGGUUACUUCUGUCUAUUUAUAUCUCCAACCCGGACUCUUAUUUUGAACAUUGUUUCUCUGUAAACCCCUCAUUACACUUUGACGGAUUGUUUCACCUUCUCAAAUAACUCGGAGGUGAUCAUCGUAUAACGCCAAUCAAAAGGCCGUCUUGAGUGUGAAUAAUCCACUGUCACCCUACUCACUGUCACCUACUGUCAUGCUUGUGUUGUGCUAGAGAUGUACAGAUACAGUCUCUUAAAUGGAAAGCUGAUUUGCUUUAUUCUGAGGUGUGGUGUUUAUUUGAGAACCCGCAAUGUGCAUGCUCAACGCAGCACAGCAUAACAUUGGAUAUGCCUUCGGGAGCUAAGGGUAUUAACACUUAUUUCUGAGGUUAAGAUGAGAUAGCCUUACGGAGACAUGGGAGGGGCCUUGGAUCCCGCCUUGUCAUCAAAGCCCCCGUGAAGAAGAAUGGCAACCAGACGUGUUCAUCUUGAAGAUGACCUUUCCUGUCCAAUUUGUGGACAUAUUCUGAGCAAGCCAGUGGUGCUCACUUGCAAACAUAGAUUUUGUAAAGCCUGUCUAAAAGACAGCUGGGAGACGCAAGGCAGUGGGGAUUCACACUUCUGUCCUCUGUGUUGGCGCCGGUCAUCCAUGGAUCAAAUAGUGGUGAGCAGCGUGCUGGAGAGAGCCUGUGAAUCCUUCAAGGAAAGCAGAGGCAGAAAUGACCCGGAGGCAUGUCAAGAACACGGAGAAAAGCUCACAAUGUUCUGUUUGGAGGACCUGGAACCCAUCUGUGGUGUGUGUGGGAAGGCAGCUGCACACAUCGGACACAGGCUCUAUCCCAUCGGGGAAGGUGCUCAUGACUGUAAGGAGGAACUGAAGAAUGCACUGCUGCCUUUGAAAGAGAAAUUGCAACUGUACAAGAAGGCCAGAAUGGUCUGUGAGGAAAUGACAGAACAUGUUAAGAACCAAGUUGAACAUACUGAAACACAGAUCAAAGAAGAGUUUAAAGCCCUUCACCAUUUCCUGAAAGAGCAGGAGGCUGCCAGGCUUUCCACUUUAAAGGCCGAGGAGGAACAGAAGAAUCUGAUGAUUAACCAGACGAUUGAGGACAUGGACAGUGAAAUGACAUCUCUCUCCAACACGAUCAGAUUAGUAGAACAGGAGAUGAAAUCUAAUGAUGUCCCAUUUCUUAAGAAUUACAAGGAAACAAUAAAGAGAACCUGGCGUACUUCCCUUGAUCCAGAGAUGAUUUCUGGUGCUCUGAUUGAUGUUGCCAAGCACUUGGGCUCUCUGAAAUAUAAAGUGUGGGAGAAGAUGAAGAGAAUAGUUAGAUAUCAUCCUGUGAUUCUGGAUCCCAACACAGCAGCGAGCUGUUUCAUCCUCUCAGAGGAUCUUACGGUGGUGCAGACCGCUUCCCAGAAUUUCAAGCUGCCGGACAACCCAGAACGCUUUGACAUCAGUGCCGAGAUGCUGGCUGCUGAGGGCUACACCUCUGGACGCCACAGCUGGGAUGUGGAGGUUAAAGACAACACCUACUGGGUGGUGGGAAUAGCCAGCGAGUCCAUCAACAGGAAAGGAAAGCACGUGCUGACACCAGCAGAGGGGUUCUGGACUAUUAGGUUUCGCAACGGAGAGCACAAGGCCUGCACGGCACCAUGGGAGCCACUGAAUAUGACCAAGACGCCGGAAGUGAUAAGAGUGGUUUUAGACAUGGACCGAGGCAAGGUGACCUUUUAUGACCCUGGAGAGAGAACACCUCUCUACACCUUCAUGGAUGUCAUCACACCCAGAGCUUUUCCCUACUUUUGCACUGCCUGCAAAGAGCAUCCAAUGAAAAUCCUGCCUGCAAGGAUAUCAUUGUCAACAGACCAUUAAUUCACAUUUGACUCAAAUUAUCAUCGUAUAAAAAUCCAAUGAAAGACAGCAAGGGCAGCAUAAGCUUAUAAAGAUUUGACAUUUUCAACUAACAGGACUUCAUUGCCUCGAAAGUUGAAAAUGGACCUCUAAAUUUCUUUUUUUUUUUUAAUGAAUGACUGACGCAAACACAGACAUGUUUUAAAAUAUUUAAUUUGAGUUACAACAAAACAAAUGUAGUCUGGAAGAUUUGAAACUGUAAAUAGCUUUACAAUCUUUAACACCCAUAUAUUACUACACUGAUAAGAUUUAUUACAUAAAAUGACUGUGACUAUGUGUGCCUCAACUUUGAAUGGCACACAAUCACUAUUGUGAUUUUGAGCUCCUUUCCAUGAAGAGCAUAAAAAAAAAAAUGAAACACAGAUGUGAAGUUUUCGCAUAAGGCACAUACAGAAUGUGUAUUUGCAAACCCGUGCCAGUGUUGUUCAGAGGUUCAAAUAUGACAUGUGAGAUUAUUUUUCCAAUGCUGUAAGACUCUAUGGUUAGUGUUUGAUUUAGUAGCCACGUGUGCAGCAUGUUCAAGUCUGGCCUUUCAGUCUCAUCCAAACACAUGGCAGCAACUCCAUAGCUUCACACUCAAGUAUUGCUUAAUCCUACACAGAAUUAAUCUUGCAGCAUAUUUCAUAUAUGGGUAAAAUACCCUGUAACGACAUUUGACUUGAUAUCACCCGUGCUGUCCUAACCACAAUAUUUUAACAUGCUCCUAUUUCAGAUUGGUCGUGGGAGAUGCCCUCUUUAUGUUCGGUGAUGCGCAAAGGCUUUUUGAGGUGUUCAUUUAAUAAUUAAAAAGAGGUUAUUAAAGGGAAUAAAUGCCCUCA